UUUAAAAGACAUUAAACAAAGACUACUUAUUCUUGAGGCGUAUCAAUUCAACGAUUACAGCCGCAUAACUUUUUUUAUAACCACAACUUUAUUCCUUUGCAGAUACGAACUAUACAGGCAGAAAAAAGUGCCUCCGACCAAGGCUUACGUCACUCUUUUAUCUUUGUACGAUCUCCUGAACAAAGAAUCAAAGCGAUUAGGGCUCAACAAGUACCAGGGCUACUCUGACGCGGUCCUUCAGGUGUUAAUAGAGUCGUCGAAGGAGUCCUCCGCUUACCAACUGAGAACGGUGCUCAACAAGAUCAUAGAGAGGAGCGACACGAAGAAGCCGGACAUCGUAAAGAAAAUCAAACAGCUGGUGACCGAUUUGGAUGAACACUCGAGUUACAUCAACAACGCGCUGAGGUACAUCCCGGCUCUACCCUUCGUGUCGUAGACGACAAACGUCGGUUUUGUGAUUUAUCGCUAAAAUAUUUUAUACAUAGGUACAUAUGUUUUCUGUAAAUAAUCAUAUUCGUGAGUAAUAUAGUAGUGACGUAGCCAAAUGAAAAGAAUAAAGUAUUUUUACACAGUCAAA